UUUAGUUGCUUAUUAUUGAUUUUUUACCUGUUGUUUAGCGCAAAAAAGCGCGUGGCCGUAAUGUCGCUUUUUCGCAAACCGAAAAAGAUACAGCGACGAGUUUUUUCCAGCAAUGUGGACGCAGACGAGGACGAGGCGAAUCACAAUUACAGUGGUGCUGCCGAAUCGAAGGCGGAUGGAAAUCUAGUUGCGCCGUCGCUUCUAGUAACAUCGGAGAAGCGCGAUAAGGGAAAGAAGCAUUCGAAGCCAUCUAGUAGUGACAAUGGAGUGGGCAAACAAAGUCAGAGCCAACCCAAGCUACUUAGCUUUGCAGACGAUGAGGACGAUGGCGAAGUCUUUCAAGUACGCAAAUCUUCUCAUAGCAAAAAGGUGAUGCGAAUGAUGGACAAGGAGCGGCGCAAAAAGAAGCGUGAAGAACAAUCCACAAACGCUGGCGGGCACAGUGGAAAUAAUGAGAAUGGUAGUGGUAGUACACAGCAUUUAGGGUCCAGUAUUCUCUCAACUUCGGGUCACACUACUGGUAGCAGUAGAUAUAGAAGUGCGUCGGCAGAUAUCGGCGCGAGCGUACAGAGUAAAAGUAAAAAAUGUGAUAAUGAUAUGAUCCAAACCGAAAUACGCACAGACGACUUUGUGCUUGUGGUUAAAAAAUCCGAAACGCCUGUUAUAUUAAAUGGACGGUCUGCUUUAUGCGCUGGUCGUGACGAUAUGAGUGAUGAAGAAACAGUCGAGGAAACAGACAAUUCACGGACUGCUCAUCAUCGCUUCUCAAAGCCGGAGCAUUUCAGACAAAUGCUGGAGAGCGGCUCCAUUCCGGAUGCAGCGAUGAUACAUGCUGCUCGAAAGCGCAGACAACGCGCUCGGGAACAAGGUGCUGCCGAAUUCAUACCCAUAGAGGAGCCUAAAGAACCUCCAAAACUGAGCACAAGGCUGCCACGCGAAGAUGUCGAGGGCGAUCAGUCGGACGACGAAGAGCGCAUGGAUAUGAACGAUAUAACUGGUCGCAAGGAGCGCGAAGAGCGUCGCGAACAGUUCUAUGCUGUUGAGAAUGAUUUAUCCGAGGAAGAUUCUGAACGUGAAAUGCACGAGUGGGAGAAUCAACAGAUUCGAAAAGGUGUGACAGGGGCGCAGCUGGUUCAUGCCCAGCACGAGACUGUGUUGUCCCGUUUCAUGAUCAAACCGACUGGUAGCGGCAAUGGCUUAGAAGAUGCCCAGCUCUUGGCCCCACAGUCUACAUCAACGCUAUUGGAGCAAGCCUAUGCAAAGAACGCAAUUGACCGGUGUGCAUUAACAACAGCGACACGCAACAGGGUAAAGAAGGAGACCAAACCAAAGGCGACUGCAUUGCGAACUCCUCAGGAGGUGUGCUCAACAAUUACUUCCCGACUAGCCGAACUCAAGGACAGCAACGCGGACCACAGCGCCACGAUGGCGCGUAUAGCUACAGAGCUUAAAGCCCUGAAACUCCGGGAGCUUGAUUGUCAACAGAAUGCACCAACAGUGGCAGCUAAGUAUAAAUUCUAUCAAGAAAUCAAGUGCUAUGUCAAUGAUCUCGUGGAUUGUCUCAAUGAGAAGACACCCCUUAUUAAUGAGCUGGAGAAGCGAGCUUUGCAGCUAUAUGGCAAAAAUCAGCGUUAUUUGGUGAAUCGACGCCGUCAGGAUGUCCGAGACCAAGCUAAAGAAAUGGCCGAAGCAACAAAACCUUUAACAACACGUCGCACUGCAGAAUAUGAGGAACAAGUGCGGCGAGCCGCAGAACGGGAAGGUCGAAGAACUCGCCGGCGUUGUGAGCGCGAACGGAACGAUUUGUUAGGCUCACAUUUGGAUGGCAUGUCUAGUGACGACGAGAUAGCUGAUCAACAGCACGAGCAAUCUUUGGCCGCAACAGCACAAAUCGAAUCGCAAGCUGCUUCAUGUUUCGCGGAUGUGACCGAUGAGUUUUGUAAAAUCGAUUUGAUAUUGAUGAAGUUCUAUGCUUGGCGCAAAACCGACAUGUCCUCCUAUAAGGAUGCGUUCGUGAGCUUGUGUUUACCUAAGUUACUGUCGCCUCUGGUGCGUUACGAGCUGCUGCUUUGGUCACCGCUUCUCGAAGAGUAUACGGACAUUGAGACAAUGCAUUGGUAUACUUCGUGCAUGCUGUAUGCGUACACGGCGGAUGAAUCCGUCGAUCGUUUAAAAGAAGAUCCAGAUGUUAAUUUAGUUCCGGCCCUAAUCGAAAAAAUUGUACUACCAAAGUUGACGUCCUUAGUAACAGAAUGCUGGGACCCUUUGUCCACAACGCAAACAUUGCGUCUGGUUGGUUUCAUAAAUCGUCUGGCCCGCGAAUUUCCAUUGAAUGUAACCAAUAAGCAGCUAAAGAAAUUGUUUGAGGCCAUUAUAGAGUGCAUGCGUUCAGCUUUAGAAAACGAUGUAUUUAUUCCAAUAUUUCCCAAGCAGGUUUAUGAGGCGAAGACUUCGUUUUUUCAGCGUCAGUUCUGCAGCGGCUUGAAAUUGUUCCGCAAUUUUCUGAGCUGGCAGGGCAUUUUAGCGGAUAAACCUUUAAGGGAACUAGCAAUAGGGGCCCUGCUAAAUCGCUAUCUAUUAUUGGCCAUGCGCGUCUGUACGGCAAAUGACGCCAUUAGUAAAGCCUAUGUUAUAGUCAACACUUUACCAACCGUUUGGGUGUCCGAUAGCCAAACUCUAAAACACUUGGAGCUUUUUAUAAACUAUAUAAGACAGACAAUGGAAAGCUGUGAUGCAGGAAAUCCGCUAUUUCUGCAAUCGUGCGACAAGGCCAAGCAAAUACUACAACGAUUACAUAGUUUAUAAUUUAAGGCCAUCCUGCACCAAAUCACAACAAAAUAAACUUUAAAAAAGCCUGCAAUAA